AAAAAACAUUGCUGUACGGAGAAAGAGGAAGAGAACAGUCUGGUAAAAAUACAAACGAACGGCUUGAGAAAGAUAAAAUCACACACAGAUUUUUCGCCGCCAUCCGUUCCCUCGCCAGGCUCAGAACACCAAAACCGGAGGCACACACAGGAAUUGAGAUUGAGGAAGAGAAAUCUAAGUGUCAUUAACUCCGUCGAUUAGGCCAUUUACCUGCCAUCAAACUUUUGGACAUCUCAAAGCCUAGCUUCCGAGGUUUGUGUCGAGAGUUUGGAGUUUGAAGACAGUGAUCCAGACAAGGCUGAAGAACAACAUCAACGCACAACAAACGACAUCAUCGUCGAUCACAAUUUACAAAUGGGAUUCCAGAAGAUUAAGGUGGCCAACCCCAUCGUCGAAAUGGACGGAGAUGAAAUGACUCGAAUCUUUUGGAAAUCAAUCAAAGACAAGCUUAUAUUUCCCUUUGUGGAGUUGGAUAUCAAGUACUUUGAUCUUGGUCUCACUAAUCGUGAGGCCACCAAUGAUAAUGUUACAAUUGAAAGUGCUCAAGCCACUCUCAGGUACAAUGUAGCAAUAAAGUGUGCAACUAUAACUCCAGAUGAAGCUCGUGUCAAGGAGUUCAACUUGAAACAAAUGUGGAAGAGUCCAAAUGGGACAAUUCGGAAUAUUUUAAAUGGUACUGUUUUCAGAGAGCCUAUUAUCUGCAAAAACAUCCCCCGUCUUGUCCCAGGUUGGACAAAGCCAAUAUGCAUUGGAAGGCAUGCUUUUGGUGAUCAGUACAGGGCAACUGAUAUUGUUAUACAAGAAUCUGGAAAACUUAAAUUGGUAUUUGUACCCAAUGGACAUAAUGAGAAGAAAGAGUUUGAGGUUUUCAACUUUACGGGUGCUGGAGGUGUAGCCUUGUCCAUGUACAACACUGAUGAGUCUAUUCGUGCUUUUGCUGAGGCUUCAAUGAAUACUGCUUACCAGAAAAAGUGGCCACUUUAUCUUAGCACUAAAAAUACCAUUCUUAAGAAAUAUGAUGGAAGAUUCAAGGACAUAUUUCAGGAAGUUUAUGAAACUCAAUGGAAAUCUAAGUUUGAAGCUGCAGGGAUAUGGUAUGAACACCGUCUCAUAGAUGAUAUGGUUGCUUAUGCCAUGAAAAGUGAAGGAGGUUAUGUAUGGGCUUGCAAAAACUAUGAUGGGGAUGUGCAGAGUGAUUUCUUAGCCCAAGGAUUUGGAUCUCUUGGGAUGAUGACAUCAGUGCUGGUGUGCCCAGAUGGAAAGACUAUUGAAUCUGAAGCAGCCCAUGGGACAGUGACCCGCCACUACCGGGUCCAUCAGAAAGGUGGUGAAACCAGCACAAACAGCAUAGCAUCCAUUUUUGCUUGGACUCGAGGUCUUGCACACAGGGCAAAGUUGGACAGCAAUGCCAGACUUUUGGAUUUUACUGAGAAAUUGGAAGCAGCCUGUGUUGGAACGGUGGAAUCAGGAAAGAUGACUAAGGAUCUUGCACUUCUUAUUCAUGGGCCCAAGGUUACUAGGUCUCAGUAUCUAAAUACCGAAGAGUUCAUUGAUGCUGUAGCCGAGGAGCUGAGAGCAAGACUGUCUACAAGGGCAAAGUUGUGAAGAAAUGCCACCAACUUGGUUUUAUGCUUGGAAAUAAGGUUGCAGUAUGCUUCUACUCAUAAGCGGCAUCAAUCCCCUGAUCUCUCACUGAAUGUUGGAGGAGAAGACAAAGAGAGACGUUAAAGACAAUUUGGGAAAUUCUAAAAUAAAAUGGUAGAAUACUGAAUGCUCUUUUGUAAUAUUUUAUGGUACUGUUUUUUCUAAUUAGCCUGCUAUAUAGGCCACUGAAACUAAUUUACAGAGGUAAAUGAUAUAAUCUGAAAGAUGUUAAUUGCUCCAA